AUGUCCUCCACUCUCCCAGAUGCCUCCAAAGUCGGACUCCCCGCCUCCGAUGCCGCCAGCGCCGCCGAACUCGCCAGUCUUAAGGUAAGACUUCGCGCCGCCCUGCGCCAGUUCCCGGAUUUCCCUUCUCCCGGAAUCUUAUUCGAGGAUAUCCUUCCUAUCUUCGCCGAUCCUUCUCUCCAUGAGGCCCUGAUCCGCUCCCUGGAACUUCACAUUAUCGCCAACUACGGUGGCCAGAAGCCCGAUGUCAUUGUUGGCCUCGAGGCCCGUGGUUUCCUGAUGGGCCCCAGCCUGGCGCUGCGUUUGGGUGCCAGCUUCGUCCCCGUGCGCAAGCAGGGCAAGCUCCCCGGUCCCUGUGAGACUCAGGGCUACGAGAAGGAGUAUGGUCAGGAUUUCUUCCAGAUGCAGGCCGAUUCCAUCAAGCCCGGUCAGAAGGUCCUCGUCAUUGAUGACAUUAUUGCUACUGGUGGCUCUGCCAAGGCCGGUGGUGAGCUGAUCCAGAAGAUGGGCGGCGAGCUCCUCGGUUUCAUCUUCCUCCUCGAACUUGAGUUCCUCCACGGACGCGACAAGCUCCCCGCGCCGGUUUACACUCUCCUGUCUGGCCAGGCUUAAUUUAUACACACACCGCUUCAAAAAAAUCAUUUCUUUCUGCGACGAUCUCAACUGCCGAUUAUAAUGACCCCAUCCUUUCAAAACGCCCGACCACACCCGAUCUUGCGGUGAGCGUCUGCCAUCCGCUCCCUCCGGGCCCAAUCAAACAAUUCACUCGAACUUCGAGUCUGGAGCCUUGUUUCGCUGGUCGACGGCACCCGCCCCAGCUGGCGCAGAGCUGCCCGGAUAAUAUCCCCCAAUAUAGACAAAUAGCUUUCAUCAAUGCAACUUGAUAUGUGUAUAAAAUUG